AAAUGAAGGGAAGUCCUCCCCUCACUUCCGGGUCGCCAUAUUGGUUACAUCAGCUUACACUACAGUUUUGGCUAGGUAGCUUGCACGUCCGUAGAGGGACACGAUAUUCCUGUCAAGGAACUAUGUAUCUAAACAUUUGGAAACUGAGCUUUUGAGAGACCAUGUUGGCGAGACUGUUCAGGCUCCACGGGCUGCUGGUGGCCGCCCACCCGUGGGAGGUGAUCAUCGGCACGCUGGCGCUCACCGUCUGCCUCAUGUCCAUGAACAGCCUGGCCGCCAGCAGCCACAUGUGCAGCUGGAACAACUGUCCCAAGGUAGACCAGCAAGUCCACAGCAGCGACGUUAUCAUCCUAACAGUCACACGCUGCGUCGCCAUCGUUUACAUCUACUUCCAGUUCAAGAACCUCCGACAGCUGGGCUCCAAAUACAUACUGGGCAUCGCGGGAUUAUUCACACUGUUUUCCAGCUUUGUUUUCAGUUCAGUCGUCAUCCAUUUUUUUGGCCGAGAGCUGACGGGCCUCAAUGAAGCGCUACCUUUCUUCCUUCUCCUCAUCGACCUUUCCAAAGCCUGCACGCUGGCCAAAUUUGCCCUCAGCUCCAACUCUCAGGAGGAGGUGAGGGAGAACAUCUCCCAAGGUAUGGCCAUCUUGGGUCCCACCUUCACUCUGGACGCUCUGGUGGAGUGCCUGGUCAUCGGAAUUGGGACCAUGUCAGGCGUGCCGCAGCUGGAGAUCAUGUGUUGCUUCGGCUGCAUGUCGGUCCUCGCUAACUACUUUGUCUUCAUGACCUUCUUCCCCGCGUGCGUCUCCCUGGUUCUGGAGCUCUCCAUGGAGAGUCGCGAGGGUCGUCCCAUUUGGCAGCUGAGCCACUUCGCCCACGUGCUGGCCGAGGAGGAGCACAACAAGCCCAACCCUGUGACGCAGCGGGUGAAGCUCAUCAUGUCUCUGGGUUUGGCUCUGGUCCACGCUCACACUCGACUGGCGGCCGAGCAUCCCGGACACAACCGCACCGUGGAGGGAUCCGUGCAGAAGAGGCUGGAGUCGGGCGCCUCCAUGCGUCCACUGCAGCUCAACGGCAUGGACCUGGAGCAGGUGAUCACGCUUGGCCUGGCACUGCUGCUCGCCGUCAAGUACGUCGUCUUUGAGCAGACGGAGACGGAGUCCUCGCUGUCCAUCAAGAGUCCCAUCGGCAGCAGCUCGCCGCCUGCGCAGAAGCUGGUGACGGCAGAGAGCUGUCGCAGGAUGGACCUCAAGAAGACCGCCAUUGCCGCCGCAGAAGAAGAGUGUAAACUCGUGUGCGGGGAGAUGGAAGACACGAGGGGACCCCCGGCAGCUCCACAUGGAACUGAAGAUUCCUCAGCACAGAGCGUGUCAGAUGUAGCACCGCGGACAUUGGAGGAAUGUCUGGACAUCCUCGCUGACCCCCAGCGAGGAGCCCGUUGCCUUAGCGACGCCGAGGUGAUGAGCCUGGUGGCGUCCCGCAGCAUCCUCAACUACAAGCUGGAGUCUGUGCUGGAGACCCCAGAGAGGGGCGUGGCCAUUAGGAGGGAAAUGUUGUCAUCAAAGCUUCCCGUCGCCUCCGCCUUGUCUUCACUUCCUUAUAAGGACUUUGACUACGCCAAGGUGAUGGGCACCUGCUGCGAGAACGUCAUCGGGUACAUGCCGGUGCCGGUUGGGGUGGCGGGUCCACUCCAGUUGGACGACAAGCAGUUUUAUGUUCCCAUGGCGACCACAGAGGGCUGCCUGGUGGCCAGCACCAACAGAGGCUGCAGGGCUCUUUCUCUGAGCGGGGGCUGCCACAGCAGCGUCCUCGCUGACAGCAUGACCCGGGGGCCCGUUGUACGCCUGCCCUCGGCCUGCCGGGCCGCCGAAGUCAAAACGUGGCUGGAGAGCUCAGACGGCUUCAGCAGCGUCAAAGAGGCCUUCGACGAGACCAGCAGGUUUGCCCGUCUGGAGAAGCUGCUGGUUGGCUUGGCGGGGAGGAACCUCUACAUCCGCUUUGAGUCUCGCACAGGCGACGCCAUGGGCAUGAACAUGCUAUCCAAGGGCUGUGAGAAGGCUCUGCUCCGUCUCCAGCAGCAGCACCCCGACAUGGAGGUCCUCUCCGUCAGCGGCAACUACUGCACCGACAAGAAGUCCGCCGCCAUUAACUGGAUCUUGGGCCGGGGAAAGUGUGCUGUGUGCGAGGCCACCAUCCCCGCUAAGGUGGUCAAAGAGGUUCUGAAGAGCAGCACAGCGUCUCUGGUGGAGCUCAACAUCAACAAGAACCUGGUGGGCUCGGCCAUGGCGGGCAGCAUCGGCGGUUUCAACGCGCACGCCGCCAACAUUGUAGCGGCCAUCUUUAUCGCCUGUGGGCAGGACCCCGCACAGACGGUGGGAAGCUCCAAUUGCAUCACUCAGAUGGAAGCUACCGGUCCAGACGGCCAGGACCUCUACAUCAGCUGCACCAUGCCCUCCAUCGAGCUGGGCACCGUGGGAGGGGGCACCAACCUGGCCCCACAGCAGGCCUGCCUGCAGAUGCUGGGCGUCCAAGGCACCAGGCCCGACCAGCCAGGAGAGAACGCUCGUCAGCUGGCCCGCGUCGUCUGUGCCACCGUCUUAGCGGGGGAGCUGUCCCUCAUGGCGGCCCUCGAAGCGGGACACCUUGUCAAGAGUCACAUGACCCACAACAGGUCCAAAUUAAAUUUAGCACAAGCUAUGUCAUCAAAUCCUGGGGGUGCUGUGUGACCACGAAAGACAAAAUGGAAUAACUUGAGGCUUUCCUGGACGCCCCAUCUGGAGAGUCUGCAUGCGGACUAAAAAGACUUGAAUUCAUCCUUCAGUGCCUCAUGCAAGGUUCUCUUCUUUCUGAAUGCUUUUUUGUUUUGUUUUUUAAUGAAGAAGAGCCAUCAGUGUUCCAGGCGGGAAACCCAAAGCCAUAAUGUUAAAACUUUGAUGUAACUUCAGGGUCUUUAACAGAAGAAGCUCAGAACUGGCCUUAUGUCUUUUGUGAGUCUCUGUGUGUUCUAGAAUAUUAAAUUAUCAAGCUUA